AUUUUCCAGGGUAGCCAGAAAGUAGGAUGUAAUGUGUUCUUAGGUUACUGUGACUAACAGCGUUGGUUAGAUAGCCUACUGUAUGUCACAUUUCUAAUCUCCAGUCCAGAGUCCAGAAGUGAUAUGAAAAGCAGAAGGUAGAACCAUGAUUCUGGCAGAACAAUCAUUAGUAUUAUUUGAACAGCAGAGGGCGAACUCUAGCAUACCCAUUGAAGCCAGUUAGAGCUGACUGUAGGUCACACGCCUGGAACGAAACUAGAAGCUUUUCUGCUGCCUAGUGAAUGCAACGCAGACACGGUCGAGUACAGACGUGAUGGCCUCUGAUCCAGAUGGAAAGAGGAAGAGGAGCAGAGCAUACAAAGUGGGCGUGUCUUCAUCUGACUCUGACAGAUGGACACCAGAGGAGGCAGAGGUCCAUGAGAAAUUCCGAUCCACAUUGAAGAACAAGUUCCAGCAUCUGGUUGAAGGAGUCCAUAAUCACGGACAAACCAGACUCCUCCAAGAGAUCUUUACAGAUCUCUACAUCACAGAGCGUGAAAGAGGAAGGGUCAAUGAUGAACAUGAGGUCAGACAGAUAGAGAGAGCAUCCUGGAUAGAAGCAGCACAAGGCAGACCAAUCAAAUGCAGUAACAUCUUCAAACCCUUAUUGGACGAUGACCAGUCUGAUAAGUCUGAUGAUACAUCUGAUAAAUAUGAUCACAGACAACACAAACCCAUCAGAACAGUGCUGACAACAGGAGUGGCUGGCAUUGGGAAAACAGUCUCUGUGCAGAAGUUCAUCCUGGACUGGACUGAAGAUGAAACCAAUCAGGAUGUCCACUUCAUAUUUCCUCUUCCUUUCCGAGAGUUGAACCUGAUUAUGGACAAGAAACUUAGUCUGGUGGAGCUUAUUCAACACUUUUUUCCAGAAAUAAAGGAUUCAGAAAUCUUUACCAGCUCAGAGCACAGAGUGAUGUUCAUCUUUGAUGGUCUGGAUGAGUGUCGACUUCCUCUAGAUUUCAGUUCCAAACUGAGUUGUUGUGAUGUGACAGAGCCAGUCUCAGUGAACGUGCUGCUGACAAACCUCAUCAAGAAGAAACUGCUUCCCACUGCUCUCCUUUGGAUCACCACCCGACCAGCAGCAGCCAGUCAGAUCCCUCCUGAGUAUGUGGACCAGGUGACAGAAAUAAGGGGAUUCAAUGACCUACAGAAAGAGGAGUACUUUAAGAAGUACUUUAAUAAAAUAACCAGUAACGAGAACCUUGCCAGCAGAACCAUCACACACCUGAAGUCAUCCAGGAGCCUCUACAUCAUGUGCCACGUUCCAGUCUUCUGCUGGAUUUCAGCCACUGUCGUCGAGAGAUCAUUUGAAUCAGAAAAAGUAGAAAUGCCAAGAACUCUCACUCAAAUGUACAUUCACUUCCUGAUAAUUCAGACAAGCAUAAAACAUCUCAAGUACACAGAGAGAAAAGAGACAGACGAAGAGAUUAUUUUCAACCUGGCAAAAAUGGCCUUCCAACAGCUGGAGAAAGGCAAUCUGAUCUUCUAUGAGGAUGACCUGAGAGAAAGUGGCAUUGAUGUCACAGAAGCAUCAGUGUACUCAGGAGUGUGUACUCAGAUCUUCAGAGAGGAGUCUGGGCUGUACCAGGGGAAGGUGUUUAGCUUUGUGCAUCUGAGCAUUCAAGAGUUUCUUGCAGCUUUAUAUGUGUUCCUCGGCUUCAAAAACACAGAGACAAGCGUGUCUGACCAACAUCAAACCUCUCAGCUCUCUGCUCUGUUCAGAUCUGCAACACUGCAUGAACUACACAAGACUGCAGUGGACCUGGCCUUACAAAUAUGGAACGGACACCUGGACCUUUUCGUUCGAUUCCUUUUCGGCCUGUCACUGGAGUCCAAUCAGAAUCUCCUAAUGCACCUACUGCCACAGACAUAUAGUCAACCACAGAGCUCAGAGCAAACAGUCCAGUACAUCAAACAGAAGAUCAGAGAUCAAAUAAAACCAGACACAAUUGCAAUCAGGGGAAAUACAGCCAGAGUGAUCAACCUGUUCUACUGUCUGAAUGAGCUGAAUCACCAUGCUGUAGUGGAGGUCAUUGACAGGAGCUCAGGAACUUUGUAUGUAUACAUGCUUGUACCAGGACAGUGGGAGACUAGGAGAUUUACAUUUCAGAUUCCAGAGGAGCGGCUGGAUGAGUUUGACCUGCAGAAGUACAUAAAGACACCAGAGACUGAUCAGACUGAACUCCUCAGUCCAGAUGAAGUUCUUCAGAGGCUGGUUCCAGUGGUCACAUCAGCGCAGCUGAGGUGGUGUUCCCUCACAGAGAAGAGCUGUGCUAUGAUAGCGUCAGCUGCCAGAUCAAACUCUUGCUGUUUAAAGGAGCUGGACCUGAGUGACAAUGAGCUUCAUGAUGCAGGAGUUCAGCAUCUCUCAGAGCUCCUCAAGAAUCCCCUCUGCAAAGUGGAGAAACUAGAGCUGAUUGGAUGUUCCCUCACAGAGAAGAGCUGUGCCGUGAUAGCGUCAGCUGCCAGAUCAAACUCCUGCAGUUUAAAGGAGCUGAAACUGAGUCUCAAUGAGCUUCAUGAUGUAGGAGUUCAGCAUCUCUCAGAGCUCCUCAAGAAUCCCCACUGCAAACUGGAGAAGCUACAGCUGAUACAGUGUUCCCUCACAGAGAAGAGCUGUGCUGCGAUAGCGUCAGCAACCAGAUCAAACUCCUGCAGUUUGAAGGAGCUGAACCUGAGUGACAAUGAGCUUCAUGAUGCAGGAGUUCAGCAUCUCUCAGAGCUCCUCAAGAAUCCCCACUGCAAACUGGAGACACUAGAGCUGGAGAAGUGCUCCCUCACAGAGAAGAGCUGUGCUGCAAUAGCGUCAGCUGCCAGAUCAAACUCCUGCAGUCUGAAGGAGCUGAACCUGAGUGACAAUAAGCUUCAUGAUGCAGGACUUCAGCAUCUGUUAGAGCCCCUCAAGAAUCCACACUGCAAACUGGAGAAACUGGAGUUGUGUGGUUGUUCCGUCACAGAGAAGAGCUGUGCUGUGAUAGCGUCAGCUACAUUAUCAAACUCCUGCAGUUUGAAGGAGCUGAACCUGAAUUACAAUGACAUUCAUGAUGCAGAAGUUUGGCAUCUCUCAGAGCUCCUCAAUAAUCCCCACUGCAAACUAGAGAAACUAGUAGUGGAUGGUCUUACCUUCCUAAAGGACACUCCAGCAGCAGCAGCAGCCGCUAUUAGCAGCUCCCACUCAGAUGCUGCAGAGCUCCACCUCAGAGACAAAGCCCAGCAGGACACUCACAAGGAGGAUCACCGCAAUGAUGCCCCACAGAGGAGCUGUGAAUCCUGUACUGAAGUUCCAGACUCCAGCCACUGGGUCCUUGUGAAGCCUGAAGUCUCUACAGAGGAGAGCGUCUCCACCUACAGCCUGAGCUCUCCUGCAGGGAGCUAUGAGUGCGCAGAGUCUGGUCUGCGCUGGACGUGUGCUGAUCCAGUCACCCUCCAGUACCGCUUCACAGACUGGCAUGUUUUUGCUGACGAGCUGGCCCACAUGCAGUCCAGACAGGCUGGUCCUUUGAUGGACAUCAGGCUCAUAUCAGGAGAGCUGGAGGAGAUCCACCUGCCACAUUUUCUCUGUUUGGGAGGUUCUGAGACGUCUGUGCGUGAUGCUGUGAGGAUCCUGCAUGGGCGGGAGAGUGGCGUGUGUGUGGAGGUGUGUGAGCUGACCCGACACCAUGCCAGGCUUCUCCACCCCUCCUUCUCUCUGUUAGGGCUGGUGUAUUACCUGAGGGAUCUGCUGUCACCCAAAGUCCACUGUGAGCUGCUGCUCUUCUGCACCAGCAGCACUCCCCUGGUUCUCCACACCUACCUGGUGCCGAACGACCCAACUCACAUCCGGGCCAUCCACCAGAAGGAAGUAGAGAAAGAGAAGAGGGGGAUGUUGAUCGACAAACCCAGUGCCUUGGUCCCACUCUGGCUGAAUGACGUCUUUUGCGUGAAGACAUUGUGUCCAUCGGAGAUCCAACCAAAGAAUAUGAACCUGUGGCCGCUCUCCACUCGUAGGUUCUUUGAAGUGUACAUGAAGGAGCCAGAGGAGGAGUUUGAUAUGGAGGUCAUCAACUCUUCAGACACAGAGCCCAUCUGGACUGUCAAGAUCCGCAAAGACGACUACUGUAAGACCAGCAGGAGCCUAGGACAGGCCAGCAGCCAGGGGACAAACACAGUGUCCACUACCAGCACAGAGGAGAUGCCCUCUGGCUCCUCUAACCCAGUCCAGCCAGCCUCAGUCUCGUCCUCCAUUACGGCUCACACUGGUGGAGUUGCUGUGUCUCCUAGUCUCUCUGGAAAUACCUUCUAUGGACCAGUAUACAUGUCGCCAAAAUCAGAUCACAUUCCACCAAAGUGAACUCCAAGAUGUUGCUAAAACUACCCUUCAUCAUGUUGCUCUAUGUGCCAAUAAAAUAAAGCUCCAGUCUAGUAGCACUCAGGUUUCCUAUUACACACUUUUGAAGACAAAUACAUUGAAUGUGUCUAAUGUUUAAAGGCUUAGUUUUAAGUGUUUAAGAUUUGAAAAUAGGUAAUUAUGUAUGACAUAUCAUGUACAGUAUGAAUAAAGUUCCAAUUUUCUUAAGGCACAGUAAUCUUCACAGUAAGCCCCAUUAUAGUGUUUGAAAUAUGCCACAGACUUUAAUGAAUUCAGCAAGGAUUAUUAACAAGGUAUUGUUUUAGUUUGCAAAGUGUAAUGGUGCAUUUGUUUACCUACCUUUGCGUACCUUACAAGAGGCCAAAUCCACACAUCCCCCACUUGACCUAAAACAAGAUUGAAAUCCAGGAUGUUCCCUUGUUUCAGCAGAUACAUUGGUGAAGCAUCUU